CCUAGGAGGUACAGGUGGGAGUGGCUCAGCUCUUGCAAAAUGGACAAAAUUUUGCUGAGACAUGAAGCUGACCGGAGGUCCUAGCAUGUAAGUACGUAUAGAUCUAUGCAAUGAGGGUACUUCAAGUGCGUGUGUUGCUCUUACUCUGUUUGGUUUACUUGAGUCUGGUCGCGCUCAUCUACCAUUACUGGAGGAGCACUGGUCUGGACAACAGCAUCGACAUACUGUUUGACUCCCCGGGUGAGGGGAAGUCCCCACAAGUUUCCAACAAUGAGAUUGUCCAGUUUAACUUCAGGCGAGGGAGCAUACACCUCGGCAUCGACAAUGCAACCACCCCUCAAGCAAGUGACACUACUAAUCUGCCAAGUGAUACCCUGGACAACUCUAAGGAGGAUGACACAUCCCUUGAUUUAUCUAAGGAGGAUGACACAUCCCUUGAUUUAUCAGGCCUGAGCCCUCCUAACUAUUGUCUCCAUACAUUUUAUUACAUGUGGUAUAGGAACGAAGAUACUGAUGGAGGCUACAUGCAUUGGAACCACCGAUACCUUCCUCACUGGAAGGAAGACGUUAGCAAACGCUACCCUAAAGGGCGUCACGAACCACCCAAUGACAUUGGAGCUAGCUUCUAUCCAAAACUAGGUCCCUACAGCUCGAAAGAUCCACUCACCAUGAAGACACACAUGUACCAAUUGCGGCAGGCCGAAGUGGGUGUGGUUUCAGUGUCAUGGUACCCCAAGGGAAUAUCAGAUGAUGAAGGAGGACCCCCUGAUGAGUUGAUGUCACAAUUAUUGGACAUUGCUCUCAAGUAUUCAAUAAAAGUCACCGUACACAUUGAACCAUACAAGAACAGAACUCCUCUCAGCGUGCGAAAUGACCUAGAAUACAUUCACAAGCAAUACGUCAAUCACCCUGCCUUCUACAAGCUAUCAAGACGCGCUAAUGACCGGGCUCUCCCCUUAAUCUAUGUGUAUGACUCUUACUUGAGCCCCGCUAAAGAGUGGAACAAAAUAUUCACGGCUAGUGGAUCUGACACAAUUCGUGGGAGAGAAAUAGACUCAAUCGUUUUAGGACUGUUGGUGGAGGAAAGACACAAGCAAGAUAUCCUGCAAGGGGGAUUCGAUGGAUUUUACACAUACUUUGCUUCAGAUAGGUUCAGUUACGGGUCUACCAUCAAAAACUGGGAAGGUUUGGAGAAAUUCGCCCGUCAAAGAAAACUGAUAUUCAUUCCAAGUUUCGGGCCUGGGUAUAAUGAUGAACGUGUUCGUCCAUGGAACAAAAGAAACAGCAAAUCUCGGCAAAAUGGCUCCUACUACAGAAAGAUGUUUGAUGCAGCUACACUAAGAGCUCAUACCCCACAAAGCAGCUCAAAGAUUGUUUCACUGACAUCUUUUAAUGAGUGGCAUGAAGGUACACAAAUCGAACCAGCUAUACCCAAGCUCUAUGGCAACUACACUUAUAUUGACUACACUCCCAAUGGACCGGAUUUUUAUUUGCAACUCACAAGAGAGGGUUCUAAAAAGUUGGUGUGCUAAAUGUUUCAUUCUUUAAAAUUCUUUAUAACACAUUUGUGUGUGCACGUAUCUUUAUACAUUGUAUCAGACAGCAUAUUGAACAACUGAA